GACUAUGAGGGUUGAAAGCACACUUUGAAUAAAGGAAAGAGCACUCGAGAAAAUUAAGAAACUCUUAGCAAGUUCUGUUCCAUUCAAGACAUGGAACACAACCAAUUACCAAUUAGUGGCCAUUCAGAAAAAGAGGAAAACUUUGCUUAUGCAAUGCAACUAUGGUCAUCAUCAGUUCUACCCUUUGUGCUUCAUUCAACAGUUGAAUUGGAGGUAUUUGAAAUCCUAGCCAAAGCUAACACACAACUUUCUGCUUCUCAGAUUGUUUGUCAAAUGCCUACUUGCAAGAACCCUGAUGCAGCCAACAUGCUAGACAGGAUGCUUUACGUCUUAGCUAGUUAUUCAUUGCUCACUUACUCCAUUCAACAAAAUGAAAGACACUAUGGUUUGUCAGCAGUGGGCAAGUUCUUUGUUCGUGAUGAAGAAGAUGGUGCAUCUUGGGGGCCAGUCCUGGCUUUGCUUCAACAUAAAGUACUCAUUAACAGCUUGUUUGGGUUAAAAGAUGCCAUUCUUGAAGGAGGAGUUCCAUUUGACAGGAUGCACGGUGUAAAUCUAUUUGAAUAUCUAGAAAUGGAUCCCGAGUUUAGUAUUGUUUUUAACAAGGCAAUGAUCAACCAUACAACUCUAGUCAUGAAAAAUAUACUUGAGCACUACAAGGGUUUUGAGGACCUCGAGACUUUGGUUGAUGUGGGAGGUGGUCUUGGAAUUAACCUCAACAUGGUUACAUCUAAAUACCCAACCAUUAAGGGCACUAAUUUUGAUUUGCCUCAUGUUGUUCAACAUGCCCCUUCCUAUAAAGGGGUCGUACACGUCGGGGCAGAUAUGUUUGAAAGUGUUCCACAAGGAGAUGUUAUUUUUAUGAAG